ACUGCUCAGACCCUACCUUGCGCUAUCAUCAUGUCUGACUACCCCCCGCCCCCGGUAAACACCAUUGAUUGGAGCAAUGUAGGCUUCAAGAUUCGGGAAGUCGCUGGCCACGUCGAAUCCCACUACUCCGUCAAAACUGGCCAAUGGACUACCCCCGCCUUCGUCGAGGACCCCUUCCUCCGCAUCCACGGCAUGGCGCCCGCCCUAAACUACGGUCAGCAAUGCUACGAAGGCCUCAAGGCCUUCCGCGGCCCGGACGGCAACAUCAGCAUCUUCCGUCCGCAAAAGAACGCUGAGCGCAUGCAGCACUCGGCCUCGUUCGUGUCCAUGCCCGAAGUCCCUACUGAUCACUUCCUCGAGUGCUGCAAGCUCGCCGUCGGCAUGAACGCCGCGUACGUCCCGCCCCACGAGACCGGCGCCGCCAUGUACGUGCGGCCGUUACUGUUCGGUAGCUCCGCGCAGCUGGGCCUAAAUCCCCCGGAGGAGUACACGUUCGUUGUUUUCGUGAUCCCCACUGGCGUCUACCACGGCACGCAUCCGGUUGAUGCGCUGAUUCUUGAGCACUUUGACCGCGCGGCGCCGGAGGGCACCGGCUCCGCAAAGAUCGGAGGGAACUACGCGCCUGUGCUGCGGUGGAGCGAGAAGGCGAGUAAGGCUGGGUACGGCAUCACGUUGCAUCUGGACAGCAAGACGCGCACGGUCAUCGACGAGUUCUCAACGAGUGCGUUCAUUGGUGUGAAGAAGAACGGAGACAAGUACAAGCUCGUUUCGUCGAACAGCAAGAACGUCAUCAAGAGUGUAACGGGAGAUUCCAUUCUCAAGAUUGCCGAGUCUUUCGGCUGGGAGGCGGAGUCGCGCGAGAUUCCUUACGAGGAACUCCACACCUUUGACGAGGUUCUCGCUGCGGGUACCGCCGCAGCUCUCGUUCCCAUCAGGUCCAUCACCCUGGAAUCAAAGGGCGAGAAGAUCUCGUACAAGGACGCAGCCGAGGAGCCCGGCCCAGCAUGUGUGAAGCUUCUCACGACGCUGAAGGGCAUCCAGCUCGGCAAGAUCGAGGACAAGCAAGGGUGGCGCUUGAAUGUGGAGAGGCCGCAGCAGUGGGGUAAGAACGGGGUGAAUGGCGCUGAGGAGACUGUCGACCAGUUGCCUUAGAGGGAUAAUGACUGUGACUAGAAACACGAUCGACAUGAGCUAUGCAGUAUUUUUGGCUAGGUACCAGUUUUGGAAAGAAGAAAAGCGUGGGAGUCUUAGCAUUGAAGGAAUAGCAUCCAGCAUUUGAAUGUAAGCAUUGCACCUGACGCGGAUGACGCUUGCUUUGGAUGACCUUGAUUUCAAUGCUCUUCUCAUGGAGCCGCUAAUCUGCGCUAUGCACUCAUUACUACGUAUCUCAAUAUUACAAUCACAAUAGUCUAUAGGAUCCGGCAGCCUUGUAGCCGUCCGGAAGGAUCCAGAAGCGAAUCCUCUUGGUCCUUUAUAUACAUC